AUGAGUCGCUGUCUUCAAUCGGGUCCGCCAGUUAUACUUUCAAUGGAUGUUUGCAGUCAAGACGAUAGUGAAUACAGGGUACUGAUUCAAGGUCGUGUUAGAUACUUGACUAUUGCCCGCGGUACAUAUGACAGGUCAACCCUAUCUAUGCCUUUGGACUCCUUGCCAGAUUUACCUGAAAGCGAGUCUUGGAACCGAGCACACAUUAGUCGAGAGUCUAUGACAGGUGAGCUCAAAGCAGAAUUCUGGAAUGAAACUUUACCUGAAGUUCAGGAUAUUUGGCAUCCUAACUAUUUUGACUGCUUGGAGCUGCAAAGAGUGAAACAAAUAACCGCAGCUACAUAUGAGGCAACUUUCUCGAGCCAGGGGUUAUCCACUUCAUCGAAACCUAUGCCAACGGCCAUCGCCAAGAUUGCACGAUUCUGGUGGGAAAUACCUCGCUUGUCGCAGGAGACUCGUAUAUACAAGACUCUAGAAAAUACCGGCCUCGCCCCACGAUUCCUCGGCCAUAUUCAUGAAAAUGGUCGUGUGAUCGGAAUUUUGUUAGAAAAACUUGAAGGCCGUGAAGCAAAUAUUAAGGACUUACCAGCUUGUAUAUCUGUUCUCAAGCAGCUCCAUACUAUCGGCAUUCAUCAUGGCGAUGUCAACAGAUAUAACUUCAUUGUUCAGAAUGACGCGGCAAGACUGAUUGACUUUGAGAGAAGCCAGAUAUGUCACGGUGAUGCAGCAUCCCUGGAAGCUGAGAUGGCAAGUCUGAAUGGUCAAUUGAAUGAGCGCACAGGACGUGGCGGAGGAUUCCAGUUCAACGAAGCAUAA